CGAUAAUCAGAAGCUAUUGUAUUUGGAGUGUUUAGGAAUACGAGUACUGAGUCAUAAUCGUAAAUAAUCCACCGUUUCAUGUGUCAAUGUUUUGAUAAUGUAGUCGCCGGCUGUUUUGAUAUCCGCGUCUGUCGACAAGUCGACACAUAAACUAGAGCACUUACUGACCGCGACACACACGGGACUCCGAAAUGGAGUAGAGGCUCGCGAAGCUCGGCUAUGCGGCUCGGGGCGGUUGGUGUAGUGUUGACAGUGAGCACAGUGACGUACGUAGCCGUGGCGCGGCCCACCCCGGUGCCGCGGGUGCACCGCGACGUGGUCACCCUGCAGGGCACGGUGCGGGGGUACCUCGCCUCCAACCCACCCCACUUUGCGUACUACGGUAUCCCUUACGCAGGGUCGCUCACGCAAGGCGACAGGUUUAAGGACCCCCAACCUCCACCCAAGUGGGGCGGCAUCUUCGAAGCCCUGCAUAAGAUAAAGUGUCCUCAAGUUAAAGCUGCUGGAGACGAAAAUUGCCUGGUCGUUAACAUAUUCACACCACAAAAGCAAGACGCUACAUUGCUGCCUGUCGUCGUGUUUGUUCACGGCGGAGACUUGCAGAGCGGGUGGGGCGCGCACCGACCUCCCGCUCUGUUCCUCGAGGAGGGCAACAAUGUGAUCGUGACGUUCAAUUACCGGCUCGGAAGUCUAGGUUUCCUGUGUCUCCGGACUCCUGAUGUCCCAGGGAACGCAGGGCUGAAAGAUCAGAUAGCAGCCCUGUACUGGGUACACAGAAAUAUCCAUCAGUUUGGCGGAAACCCUCAAGACGUCACUGUGUAUGCCACGGAGGCAGCUGCCAUCACUGUACAGUUGAUUCUAUUGUCUGAACUAGUUGAAGGAUUUUUACAUAAAGUUAUUCUAGAGCAGGGUUCAGAUGACCCAGAUGAACUGUACCAGUUUUACCUAAAAGCUUCAGAUGAAGAGCUGGUAACAAUCCCUGAAAUAUUUUGUCCUUGUGUUGACAACACAACAGAUAAUGUUCAUAACCUCAUAGACGUAGAUCCCAUGCGAAAGUUGGAAGACGGAUUAUUUACCAAUGUGCCCAUGAUACUCACAUUCACACCAAGAGACACCGCAUCUAUUCUUGGAACUGAUCUAAAGAAGUUUGAAAAGCCUCCAGACCAUUUCGAAUACUUACUUCCACACAACUUGGAAUUUAAAAAUGAAAAAGUUAAAAGUGAAGUAGCAAAGAUAGUGAAAAAGUUUUAUUUUCCCGAUGACUUUACUAGAAACAGCAUGGUGCACAACUAUGCUUACUACGCACAGGACAUUUUGGUGGAAUACCCUAUUAUCAAGGUGGCAAUGAUGUUUGCAGCCAAGAGUGCAUACCCAGUGUAUGUCAUGAAAUUCACUUUGCCUAAGGUAAAUGAAGACUCGGAUAAGCCAGAGUCGACCAAUUUGGACACAAUACUCGACUACUUGCAUAAAGAUAAAGCGCAAAUCAACUUGUUUGGUGAACUAGUAACAAUGUUGUUAAGGAACUUCAAAACAUUAGGAGACCCCACACCACUGACCACGGCAUUCAUCCCUUUAAUAUGGCAGUCAGUGCAUACUGAGGGAGACUCCCAGAUCCACAUAUCGGACGUGCAAGUACUACACCUGGGUCCCACCCGGCUGACAGUGUCACCACAUCAUAAUCCACGGCUAAAGUUCUGGGACAAAGUUUAUACAAAAUUCCACAGAGCACACAAGGUCUCAGAUGAGGAAACUGAAGAUAUGCUCAAUAGCAAGGAGGAGGAGGAAGACCAUGAUGAUAAUGACCUGUAUAAACUCGUGUUUUCGGAAGAGAAGUAAAUAAAGAGGUCUGUUACUGUAGAUGUUAAAUAAUUAUAAUCUGUUGUCAAAUAAACCGAAGCUAAAAAUCGCUUUUUUACUAUGACAAGCAAAUACAGAUAC